CCGGAAGCGCUUAUUAAAGAGGGCGGAAGUUGUUGUGAAGUCUCAUGUUUUGCGCGGCGCGCUCGUUGGGCUUCUGGAUGUGUUUCUAGAUCUAACUGAAAUAACUCUGGAUUCUGCAAGUUACAGGUCUUUUGAACACAUCGGCUAGACAUUGGAUUUGAGUCUUUCCCUGAAAUUACUGCUAAGUUGUUUUGCUUCAUAACCUGGCAAUAUGGAGCAGAACAACAGUAUACCCCCUUUCUCUCAAGGGCUGGCAUCUCCACAGGGAGCCAUGACGCCCAGCUUGCCUAUUUUCAGUCCUAUGAUGCCGUAUGGCACAGGGCUCACGCCGCAACCAGUGCAGAACACCAACAGCCUGUCGCUCCUGGAGGAGCAGCAGAGACAGCAGCAGCAACAACAGCAACAGGCAGCCUCACAACAGCAGGGUGGGAUGGUGGGAGGUUCAGGCCAGACACCUCAGCUCUAUCACUCACAGGCUGUCUCUACGACAACAGCACUACCAGGCAACACCCCACUCUAUAACACACCUCUCACCCCCAUGACCCCUAUUACUCCUGCAACACCGGCCUCGGAAAGUUCUGGCAUUGUUCCUCAGCUACAGAAUAUUGUGUCUACUGUAAACUUGGGGUGCAAACUUGAUUUAAAGACGAUAGCACUUCGAGCCAGAAACGCUGAAUAUAACCCAAAGCGUUUUGCUGCCGUCAUCAUGAGAAUACGAGAACCCAGAACAACAGCUCUUAUUUUCAGCUCAGGAAAGAUGGUGUGUACAGGAGCAAAAAGUGAGGAGCAGUCCCGCUUGGCCGCCAGAAAAUAUGCUAGGGUAGUGCAGAAGUUGGGUUUUCCUGCCAAAUUUUUAGACUUCAAAAUUCAGAACAUGGUUGGCAGCUGUGAUGUCAAGUUUCCCAUCCGAUUAGAAGGUCUGGUGCUUACACACCAGCAGUUUAGCAGCUAUGAGCCAGAGUUAUUUCCAGGAUUAAUCUACAGAAUGAUCAAACCAAGAAUUGUCCUUUUAAUAUUUGUUUCUGGUAAAGUUGUACUCACAGGUGCAAAGGUUAGAGGAGAAAUCUAUGAAGCAUUUGAAAACAUUUACCCAAUCUUAAAAGGAUUCAGAAAAACAACGUAAUCUCUGUGCAUUGCGCCAUAUUCUCAUGGCUGGCUUACACAGUUUCGUUUCAUUUUGUAAUUCUGUAAAUAUGAAGGACUCGUUUAGAAGGUAAACAGAUGAGGAUAAAUGCUUUUAUUUUACCUUUUAAAUAUUUUUCACCUGCUACUUGGUUUUCAAAAUACUGUUUUAUUCAUGUAUGAACGUUUUAAUGGUUUGCAUUUUGAUUUUAUGAUGUUAAAAUGUUCACAAAUUCAUAUUUUUGUACACAUUCCCUUUUAUGAGCAGGUUUUAUGUAUUUGUAUCACAGACCGUCAGUGUUGACUUCUCGCUUGAGGGGAAGUCGGUGGCAUGUAUGGCCUUUGGUUGUUAAGAUUUUAUUAACGUUGACAUUUCAAAUUACAGUUUUCAAUAGAAUGUGUAUCAAAUUUGGCAAAUGUAACAGUUUUAUUACCAUUUCAUUGUAUAUUAUACUGUAGGUCUUUUUCUUAGCCCCAUGUAAAGCACUGAUAGUAAAAUCCACCUUGCUGUAUCCGAUUCAAUGCGUUAUGUUGGAUACAAAUAAAUAUUCUCAAGUUUCUGC